AUGGUCAGUUUGCCCGACAAAAUCGACUACCUACAGACCUCGAAAAAGAAUAUUUUAUUGGAAUUAAAAUUAAUUACCGCCUCUCAUUUGAUUGAACUUCCACCAAAUCUGCAACACUGCCUUGGCACUGACACAGAAAUUCUCCAUCUUCUUGGAAUUAUUAAUCCAAAUUCCACAGAUAUUUCUAAUUUUGAUAUUGAGGAUAAUGAUGAAAAUAAUUUAGUCAGGUAUUUGGAUCAUUUUUCAUUCUUUAUCGAGCUUCUCUCGACAUUUGAACAGGAAAAAUUGUCGGAGUCAUGUGCACUAGCAUUUGAGAAACUCUUCUUUUGUCGCCUGUGUCAAAGCUUCAACAAAUCUAUUAUCUCAGAACAAAAAUACGACCAAGAAGUUCCACAAGUAGUAUUUCACAUGGGUUCUCCCUGCCCCCACAGAUGUCUUAAUGUUAUUCGAGGAUGUUAUGCUAGUCUCACUGGUAUUCUGCCACAGCUAUCCCAACUAACCAAGGACUUUAUUGACCUCGGACGGGUUCUUACUCAACGGACCUCGAGAUCGACCAAUAGCAACGGUGGAGCGUUUCUUCAUAAUUACUUCCUAAAUGAAAUGCGAGCUUGGAGCAAACGUUUAGAGAAAUUAACGCGGAAGCAAUGGAAAGCGAUCAACGAAAAGGUGAAACAUCGUUGCACAGGCAAUCCUCCUGUAGAACGGAUAGAUCCGAGGAGUACUGAGGGGCGUGCUGAAGUGGCUGAUUUUCUCUGGCCAGCAACAGAACGCGCUUUACAAAUCUACGAAUCCCGGGCACCUGCAAAUCGCACUGCGACUCAAAUGUGGCCUCUUAUUCCCUCAAAUCAUCGCUUAGAAGAAUUGCGCAGAGAACAAAAACAAAGUUACAUUAGGAUGGAAGAACUUAUUGUGGAGUACAUGCUGCCUGAAAGGCUCUUUGGCGAGCAUUUGGGGCAACCGUGUCUGAUGGGAAGGCCAGAACGUUGUUGGAAUGGGACUGGAUUUGAAGAUGAAUAUGAAUGGCUCGCUGAUUUUACUCGAGUUGGACAAUUGAAAAAUCCUGAGGUAAAGGUAACAAAUGCUGAACUCAAUUACGCCUCCUCUCGAUUAGGACAAAAAAUUGCCGCUCGAAGCCAGGCUAUCAGGGCUUUAGUGCAUAAGACUCGACGAAGGUCAACUGGCGAGGCCAUCUACGAUGCUCCAGCAGCACUACCAUUCCCAUCAGUUGUUGAAACCCAGGAAAGCGAACUCAUUUCUCUCCCCACUGGCCAAAUUAUGGACAUAGACGGAGAAGGCGACCUCACUUCACCUCAGUUCUCUGAUCUCGAUGGAAGCAGUGGAAUGCCACCAGAUUACAUUGGAGAUUUGGUCACAAUCUUGAACAGACAACAACAACUACAGCAGCUUCAAAACCAAUCUCUGAAAGAGGACAGCGAGGUUGAGAGUGCGAACGCAAGUAGAGAGCCCGUUGGUGAGUCGCCAUUUUGA